ACCCCCAUAAACCCUCUUCUUUCUUUUCACCAACUCAAAACCUCAACAAACCCUAAAUAAUUUCAGAUCAGAACACACAAAUUUUCACAUACCCACCAACAAUUUUCAGUUCCUUUAAGAUUUUGUCACUCAAUUCCCCACAUCUCCCUCUCAAUCCAUAGAAAUUGAAAAAAAAAAAAAAAAGAACAAUUUUUUUUCUUGAAACAGAGUACUCUGUUCUUCGAAAAUCGAACAAACCCUAGAUAAUUUCAGAUCAAAAACACAAAUUUUUCACAUACACACCAACAAUUUUACUUAUUUUAAAGUUUUUGUCACUUAAUUCCUCACAUCUCCCUCUCAAUCCAUAGAAAUUGAAAAAAAAAACAAUUUUUCUUGAAACAGAGCACUCUGUUCUUCGAAAAUCGAACAAACCCUUGAAAAUUUCAGAUCAAAAACACAAAUUUUCAAAUACCCACCAACAAUUUUCAGUUUCUUUAAGAUUUUGUCACUCAAUACCUCACAUCUCCCUCUCAAUCCAUAGAAAUUGAAAAAAAAAACAAUUUUUCUUGAAACAGAGCACUCUGUUCUUCGAAAAUCGAACAAACCCUUGAAAAUUUUAGAUCAAAAACACAAAUUUUUCACAUACCCAUCAACAAUUUUCACUUAUUGCAAAGCUUUUCUCACUCAAUUCCACACAUCUCCCUCUCAAUCCAUUGAAAUUGAAAAAAAACACAAUUUUUUUUUGAAACAGAGCACACUGUUCUUCGAAUAAUCGAAAAAACCCCUGUUUCUCCAAUGAAUCCGUUCAAAAUCGUACAAGAAAACGAUGAAUUGAAGAAUAAACAAGAAGAUCUUGAGAGAUCAUAAUCUAAUGGAUCUCCAAUUCGCAAUCUCGUGCGUUGUUCGAUUCCCCUGGAGGAAAGAAAUCAAUACUCUGUUUUCAUAAUCCUCUGUUUUUUAUUUGUAUUUUUGAUCCAAUUAUAUCGGUUAUAAUUCUGUUUGUGAGGUGGGUAAUCAGUAAUGAUGAUGCAACGUCUACUACUCGAUACAGACUCCAUGUCGCCGCCGGAGUACGGCGGCGCCGGCAGUAGCCAGGAGCAUGAAUCGUACAGAAAAGAAGCCGAUUUCGAUACCAACAUGGUGAUCAUAUUGGGGUGUUUACUUUGUGCUUUGAUUUGUGCAUUGGGGCUUAAUUCGAUUGUUCGUUGUGCUUUAAGGUGUAGCCGGAGAUUGGUUUUUGAAGGCGGUGAUGUGGCGGCGACCGGGGUUAAGAAAAAGGCGUUAAAGCAGAUUCCGGUGGCGGUUUAUGGGGCCGGAUUAGAGAUUCCGGCGACCGAGUGUCCGAUAUGUCUUGGGGAGUUUAUGGAGGGGGAAAAGAUUAGGGUGUUGCCACAAUGUAAUCAUGGGUUUCAUGUUAGGUGUAUUGAUGUGUGGUUGGCUUCGCAUUCGUCGUGUCCGACUUGUAGGCGGUCGUUGGCGGAGCCGCCAGUGGUGGUUGUGGGGAGGUCUUUGGGUGGUGGUGUUGGUGGUGGUGAUGCUAGUGUGGUUGUUCAAGAUGGUGGUUAGUUUAAUCAUGAUUUGAUGUAAGAUUGUGAAGUUAAAUGGUUAUUGUUUAGGUUGGUUGUGUAAAAAAUAUAAAGUAUUUGUGUAUUUAUGUAACAUAAAUAAACUUUUAAUUAUAAUCAUUA